AUGCUUGGGAAAAAUGUAAUGCCCAAUGCUGUAACCUUAGCAUCCAUUCCCCCGGCUUGUAAUCCUGUGGUAAGUAUAGAUUUAGGAAAGCAGCUCCAUGGAGUCUCCAUUUGGCUAUUGUUAGGCACAAAUAUCUUUGUCAGCACCUCCCUUGUCGACAUGUACUCUAAAUCAGGCGCAAUCAAUUAUGCUGAAAGUAAAAACUCUGCUACCUACACAACAAUGAUAUUGGGUUAUGGCCAACAUGGGAUGGGCGAGAGAGCUCUCUCCAUGUUUCAUUCAAUGCAGAAGUCUGGGUUUGAACCUGAUGCCAUUACUUUUAUUGCUAUCUUGUCAGCUUGCAGUCAUUCAGGGUUGGUUGAUGAAGCUUAUGAGUUUGUUAAACAAUUGGGUGAAGCUGGCAAUGUGUUGGAAAUUUGGGGAUCACUUCUUGGGGCUUGCAGACUCCAUGGGCACGUUGAAUUGGGAGAAGUCGUUGCAAAGAAGUUGCUUGAAAUGGAGAAAGCAGCCGAAGUAGAGUGGGUUUGUGCAAUAAUAGGUUUGAAAAAUGAACUAAACUCAAUUCAG